GCCGCUCAGGGUCAGGGGCCUCAAGUUGAUCUCCUCCCUUGCUUUUCCUUUCCCUUCUCUCGGACUCUCACCUCCCUUUGCUCUUCCUUCCCUGGCGACGGCGACUGGGCGAGCGGCGGCGCCAUUUGUCCUGUCUUCGCCCAGCCCUUUGACGGCAACAAGCGCAUCCUCCAGGUCAUGGCAGAGAUCAUAGAUUUAUCAGGGGACGGAGGUGUUCUUAAGACGGUGGUCCGGAAAGCAAAGGAUGAUGCUAUAGCGCCAUCUGAUAGUCUGCCCUUGGUUGAUGUUCAUUACGAAGGCACACUUGCUGAGAAUGGUGAAGUUUUUGACACCACCCAUGAAGACAACUCUAUUUUCUCAUUUGAAAUUGGACAGGGGGCUGUCAUCAAAGCAUGGGAUAUAGCCUUAAGAACUAUGAAGGUUGGCGAGGUUGCAAAAAUUACAUGCAAGCCAGAAUAUGCAUAUGGAACUGCGGGUUCACCACUGGAGAUACCUCCUAAUGCAACCCUCAUUUUUGAGGUGGAGUUAGUAGCCUGCAGGCCGAGGAAAGGUUCAAGUGUGGGUAGUGUCUCUGAUGAGAAAGCCAGACUUGAGGAACUUAAGAAGCAGCGAGAGCUAGCUGCUGCUACCAAAGAGGAAGAGAAAAAGAAGAGGGAGGAAGCAAAAGCCGCCGCCGCAGCCAGGGUGCAAGCAAAGCUUGACGCCAAGAAGGGGAAGGGAAAAGGGAAGGGGAAAUAGAUUACAACGUUGCUGCUGAUUACUGUAACCUAGGAAAUAAUAUGGGAGCAUCCAAGUCAAGCUUGGUUACUUACUAGCUACUGUGCUUGAUGUGCGCUGCCCCCUUGGUUUGCAGAAUAAGGAGAGAAAUAUUUGGCAUCUACGCAGAUCACCAAUCGUAUCGCUUGCUUUACCAAUUGACAUCACUGCUGAUUUGGGAUAACAUGUUCCUGUCUGACAGACUAGCUGCAUGUUUGUACCUGAAUGUCAAAAUAGUAAAAUUGACUGACAUUGAAUAGUAGCA